GACUGUCACGAGUCGGUGAAACACUGAAACUGGCGCUCCGCUCGUAACCUCAAAAUCCAGUUGAAAACAAAUAGUUCUCUCUUUUGGCGUUCGUAGCCUGCCCUCGUGUAAGAAUCGCGUAGUCUUGUGCAAAAGCAGCACAAUGGGUAAAAUUAUGAAAUCUGGUAAAAUCGUGCUGGUGUUAUCUGGUAGAUACGCCGGCCGAAAAGCUGUCAUAAUGAAGACCUACGAUGAAGGUACAGCGGAAAGACAAUAUGGUCACGCACUGGUGGCCGGUAUAGAUCGUUACCCUCGGAAAGUCACCAAACGCAUGUCACAGGAAAAAUUAAAAAAGCGAUCCAAAAUCAAACCUUUCCUGAAAGUGCUCAAUUACAACCACCUUAUGCCAACUAGAUACUCCGUACAAGAUGUAACAGUAGACAAGGUUUCACCUAAAGAUUUAAAAGAUCCAAUGAUUAAAAAGAAAUACCGUUUCCAGACCCGUGUUAAAUUUGAAGAGAAAUUCAAGUCUGGAAAGAACAAAUGGUUCUUCCAAAAGUUAAGGUUCUAGUUGACAUCAUGUAAGAUUUAUCAUUUUAUUGGAUAAUAAAAAAAAAAAAAAUCUUAA